GCCGGGGUGAUACAAUUACUAUUUAUCGUUGUCAUUGUGUCCACACCAAAAUGUUUUAUGUUCCCCAAAUAUACCUACUCGAUAUGCAGGCACGCUUGCACACCUCAACAGUUUUAUAAAGAGUAGGUAUGACGACGGAGUGCGUGCUAAUACCUACCUGUCGUAAAAUAGACCACACUACUCCAGCAGAUCGGCACGAAACGUAACCGCGGGUGACCAAAGUAACUUUAUUGCUGUAAUACAGCCGUGUUAUUCGGGUGUAAUGAAAUUCCGGCCGAGAAUCACCAUCAUGUCGGCCGUACACGAUAUCAGAAGAAACAAACACAACUCGGUAAGCCCGAGCACGCUGUCCGCGCAAGAGUACAGUGCAAAAGAAUUCAACGAAUAUCUGAACAAGACCGGAGUUCAUUACUACAUUCGGUACGUGUUAACGUUUGCGUCGAUCUUUGGUGUUUUUCCGGUCAGCAGCAUAUACCGACGAGAUGUCUACAAAUUGACGUUUCGCUGGUAUUAUCCUAUGGCUAUAUACUCGCUUCUCCUGUUCUGUGGAUUCGCGUCCAUAGAGAUAUUCUCAUUGGACUACACCAUAAGGAACUUGAAUCAAGACAACCUAACCGCGAAAGGAGGAAUAAAGAAAGCCACGUCGGGAAGUAUAUUUUACGGCAACGCGUGUUGCGCUCUGUGGAUGUUCAUAAAACUAGCCAAGAAAUGGCCUAAGCUGAUGCAGGACUGGCGGGCUGUAGAGAUUUCGAUGCGGAGGUUCGGCGCCCCAAGACUCGGUUGGAAAUCGACUACUCUGGCUGUGGUAUUACUAGUGUUCGCGUUCACUGAACAUGGCUUACACAAUUGGUUGAAUACGAGGCCCGGCGGUAAAGACGACAUUGCUUCCAUGUCGCUGAUCGACAACGAUGAUAAUGGCAGUCUUAUACUACUCGAUCAGUCCGCUACGUUCACAGGGUAUCUCGAACGGUUCUCUCUAAAAACACAUUGGUAUUUGUACGACGACUAUGACAGUUAUAAUCCGGUAAAAGGCUUCUUAGUAAUGUGGUUGAGCCUAACCGCGACGUUCCUGUGGAAUUUCACCGAUCUCUUCAUCAUGUUGGUCAGCUCAGCACUGGCGGCUCAAUUUAAGAAACUAACUAAAUCCAUGCACAGCGUAAGAGGUCAAAUGCUGACCAUGUCACAGUGGCAGGAAUACCGAGAGACGUACACGUCCUUAACUCACCUGGUCAAGAAAAUCGACGAUCACAUCAACGUCAUAGUGGCAUUGUCGAUAGGCAGCAACAUUUAUUUCAUUUGCGCUCAGCUCAUUACGGAAAUCGAUUCCAUCAAACACAGCUACUUCAGAACGCUGUUUUACAUGUACUCGUUCAUGUUUUUGGUGUUUCGGACCACAGCAGUCGUGAUGCAAGCUUCCGCCAUAAACGACGAAAGUAAAAAAAUUGUGCCAGAAAUUUUCAUGUGUCCGACGCAUAGUUAUAGCAUUGAAACACAAAGAUUUUUACAAGAAGUCACAUCAGAUUAUGUUGCUUUAACAGGAUUAAAAAUGUUUUCCAUUACAAGAAACUUUCUUUUGGGGGUAAGAUACAUUUCAAAAAAAUUAAAUUUACGAGUUCAUCACAUAUGGUAUUUUCAAUUUUCGUUUCAGGUUGCUGGAGCAGUUUUAACAUAUGAAAUUGUAUUAAUACAACUACAAAACACAAAUUAAAAUCAGAACCUUUGUCAAACAAUUGUUACCUUUAA